AUCCUUUCUUUCCAAUCCUUUCAUGCCAUGGUAGGUGGUUAUAAUAUUUUUCUCGUUUAAUGCAGCAAGCGGCCUUUUAAUUCACUCAGUGGUAGUCAUGAGUAAUCGGUUUUUCAAGGUGGUAUAUCUCUCAGUUUCUUCAUUAAUAAAAAUUAGACGAUAUAAAAUACUUUUUAUUUUUUUUAUUUUGUUUGUUAUGAAGGACUCUCUAUUUAAAGUUUUAUUCAUUCCUCAUGUAAAUCUACUAGAAAAUCUUCCACAGAUUACACCAUUACCGCAAAGGGAACUGCUGCAGUUACAUAUGAUAUUCAAGCAUGGACACAGAGCUCCUUUUAGACUUUACCCAAACGAUCCGAAUCCUCCUGAACUAUGGGAAGAAGGACUUGGAAUGUUGACAAAGCUCGGCAGACUGCAGACGUAUGUAAUGGGUGAUCAUUUGAGACGAAGGUACACAGAUUUUAUUUCAAGUAAUCCGAAUGAGAUCGAUGUUAUGAGUUCUGAUGCCGACCGCAGCCUGUAUAGCGCAUACAGUUUAUUAGCUGGAAUGUACCCACCGGAUGAAGAGUGGAGCAUUGGUGAGAAUAUCCCGUGGCAACCCAUCCAAGUCUCGUAUGUUCCAGAACCAGAAGACAUGUAUCUCCAGUCUAACCCGAACUGCCCUUUGUUCGAGACGUCAAAACAUGAAUUUAUCAAUGAAUAUGUAAAACAUGAAGACGAAGGAAACAAGUUUUACUUCGAGUUUUGGGGUAAUCACAGUGGAAGAAAAAUCAGAUGUUUUGAAGGCGCAAGUGAUUUGUACAAAACAUUGUCUGUAGAGGUAAUAAUAUUUCUUACUUCUUUUAGUGUUAUGAUAUAUGGUUGA